AUUUUCUGUCAGGCAUUUUCUGUAGGCUCCCUUCCUAUCUUAAGAGAGAUUGCUUGAUGUUGUCCUGCAUCUAAUUGCUUGUGCAGCUCUCCUUUUAGAAGGAUUUAUUUUUAGUAAUAGUGAUAUUUACCAUGGCUCUGACUGACGGUUGGAUGGUGUGUUAGAAUACAAACACAUUGGAAUAUACGUGCAGUGGGUACAUCAGUGGACAGCAGCAGGGUCGGGCAGCAUUUGUACAUGUGACUGUCAACAUGACCCCCAUGGACCAGCUGGAACAGCAGUGAGCCAUAUCCAGCUGGAAAAGACGGUACCCAUAGACAUUUUUCUGCUGCACAGUGAUUUGGAUAUGAAUGGGAAGGCAAGUACUGGUGCUCAGAAGAUCACACACUCCAAAAGUGGCAGUAUGGUGUCAGACAUGUCUCUUCAAGCCAAGCAUUAUAAUCGGAUGCCUUCCACUCCUACAAAGGUGGUGACAUUUGGGAAACGCUCCAACUCUAUGCACAGGAAUCCAAAAGCAGAGGUGACCAAACAGGGAUGGCUGUACAAGCAGGCCAGCAGUGGGGUGAGGCAGUGGAACAAGAGGUGGUUCGUCCUCACCGACAGAUCUCUCUUCUACUACAAAGAUGAGAAGGAGGACACAGUGUUAGGAAGUUUGCCCCUACAGAGUUUCCAAAUUGGAGGAGUGGAGCCUUUGGAUAACAUCACCCGCAAGUUUGCCUUUAAGGUUUGGUUGGAGGAAGAAGCAGAGGGGUGUGAGAAUUCGGAGUUGAAGCGUCCUGUUGUAUUUUGCAUGCAGGCGGAGCACACUGGGACAAAGACAUACUACUUCAGCACAGACAGCCAUGAGGACCAAGAAGAAUGGAUUAGAGCCAUGAGUGAGGCAUCAGAGGUCAACGUUCAGCCAAAACAGAGAAUGAACUGGGAUGCUACGACUGAUCUCAACCACACCAUGGUGACCAAGGCACCCGACGAACAACAGCAUCCACACACACAAACAUACAAUGAGAAUUAUAGUGACCUGCCACCUUACCCUAAAAUCAACGGGUUUGACAGUGUUGACACACCCUCACCCUCCCUCCCCCUCUCAAAUCAAGAGAAAAAAUACAAUGCGGGAAGGUGCAAGGAAGGCGAUGAUGAUGUUGGCGGACCUGGUCCUGACAAUGUCGCUCGACCAAAUCACCAUCCAAAUGAUGGCAACUACAACCCUUGCGAAACCAUACCACUGUACCCUCCAUCCAGAAGUCAAAGUGGACAUUGUGCCACUCAGGGACACCCCCAGCAGGAUGCCAGUCCAUCGAACAUUUCCAGGGAGGGACAGCAAGAGAAUGUGGUGCUAAGGAGGGGCUUUGUGCCCAGGACAGCACCAGAGAGGGUGGCACAGAGGAAGAGCUCCAUGGCCCAGCUGCAACAAUGGGUCAACCAACGGCGUGGCAUGGCGUCCCAGGAAGACCUAAACAGCCCAUCCUGUUUCUACCCAGUGAGCCAUGGGGUCUCAGCUGACUACUAUGGUUAUCCUGGUGGCCCCCAGUAUGUAGAGGAGUACCCUUUAUACUUGCCAGGGGUCCGACCUGACAGCAUCUGUUCUGUCUCUGCUGUGGGGGGCUAUGACCGACCCUGGAUUGUUGACGAGAAGCGCCACUCACUGAGAGAUGAACACUAUCACUUUUAUGGACCUCCAAUGCCCAGGGACCAAUGGAGGCAACAAUACUAUUAUGGAAUGGAAACAUCCAUGAAGCAUCUAUCCAUUAAGCCACGCUCCAGGUCUGUGCCCAGGUCACCGUCUUCUUCAUCAGGGGGGCUCUUCUCACCAGUGCCACCCAACUUUGCCUCACCAGUUCGAUCACCAUCUGUUCGCUUUGACCGGUUUCCAGCAAGGAUGAGGGAUGAUGUGGUUUAUGCUGAUCCCUCUGUCUACAGCCUGAGGAGAUCCCCAAGCUCAUCAAAGUACGAGAACCAUGGAAAUAGGAGGUCCCUAAACCAAGGAUUAUAUUCCAACUACCCUAGGUCCCCCUCCAUCCACAAUAACAUGGAGGACAUAUUAGACCUUCAACUGCAGCGCAAUCUGGAAUACUUAGACCAAAAGGUGCCUCCUUUUCACGAUGUCUACAGCAGAGAGUUACAUCCCACAUUAAAACUCAAUGAGAUUGAAACCAGUAAACUCUUGGGUCGACUGUGUGAGCAGAACCGACUUUUGAAAGACCAUGAGGCUGUAGUCCACAGACUAAGAAUGGGCAAGGACAGCCUAGAGGAAGCAUUGGUGGCAACUCAUCAGGAGAUGGACCUUUACCAUAACCAGCCUUUAGCCAUGGAAAAGUUGCAGUUCACAAAGGAAACCCUGCAGAACCAGCUCAUCAACAUCAGAGGGGAGCUCUCCCAGGCCUCCAGUGCUUUAACCACCACUCGUAUGGAGUUUGAAACACUAGAGGACGAGGCCAGUGCCAUUCACGGAGAUCUGUGGGAGCAGCUAAAUGCAGGAGGGCAGAGGGAACUGGUUCGUAGGCACAUCCAGAAAGAGUUUUGGAGAGUACAAGAUGUAUUAGAGGGACUACACAAGAAUAACUCAUCCAGAGGUACUGACACAGGCAAAAACAGAGUGGCCAAUGGUGCAUCAGGCUCCUUUAGCACCAAUAGUCCAGCCAGUCCCAUGAGCUCAGUAAGCCUCACCAGCCCACUUAGUCCCUUCUCCCCAGUGCCAGGGUCCCAGGCCUCCCCAAUCAAACAGCCGGCUCAGGAGGAAAGUGUUCCCCCAAGGCCUCCCCUCCCCAAGUCCUAUUACCCUUUGGAGCUCUCGUCUACCUUCUCUCUCUCAACCACCACCCCGCCCUUUGACAGCACCGCCUGGCUUCGCAGCUUGGGCAUUGAUGAAGGUUACUUUGAUUUUGAAGAUUCUCACUUCAGAAAGCUCAAGAUUAGAGAAGAAAAAGCUACCAGUGAUGUGCAGGAUGAGAUCCAGGACAGACAAGCUACCACAAAUAAAGUUGGCAUUGUUCCACCUAGAACGAAGUCCCCCACCGACGAAUCACACAGCAGCUCUAUUGGAGUUUCCUGGUAUAAUGCCAGAGUGCCUAGGGAACGUCCAAAGAGUGCUGUGUUUACUGCAGAGGUGAAGUCAAAGAUGAGUGUGGAGGAGCAGAAUGAUCGAAUCCGCCGUAACCAGAGCAGCUCUGUGAGAGACAAGAGGCGGAGUCUAACCCUGUUAGGUGGCCAGUCUCCAGCCCACUACAAAGUGAUCCGUAGGCGGCUGACAGCCCAUGAGAUUGACAUCAAACACUUGGAGGCUGCAGUUCGAGGCCAGGGGCAAGAAUCACCUCGGGAAGAAAUUGCUCGCCUGCGACGGUUACAAGUUGAACCAGAACACUAUGACUUUGACAUCAGCAAAGAGGACCUAUGUUAAAGCAUGGACUGAGGAGUCUGAGGAGGCUCUGACUGCUUUGACUCAACUGUGUGGGAAGAACUGUGUUUCUCACGGGGAGGACAUUGACAGUUUAACAGGCUGCAUAACGGACUACAUUAACUUCUGUGUUGAUAACACUCUACCCACCAGGACUGUACGGUACUUUUCUAACAGCAAACCCUGGAUUAAUUCUGAUAUAAAGGCCCUACUUAAGGAGAAAAAGAGGCCUUUAGGUCAGGAAACAAGGAGGAGCUGAAGGCUGUGCAGAGGGAGCUGUGGAAGAAGAUCAGAGAGGGGAAGAACAACUACAGGAAGAAGAUGGAGCACCAGCUGCAGCAGAGAAACGUCAGUGGAGUCUGGAAAAGCCUUAAAACAACUAAGGGCAGAGGACUCCAGACUCCCAGGCUGCAGGGGAUCAGACAUGGGUGAACGACAAGAGCCUAUUAUUCAAUAGAUUUGACCAGACACCCACCCCUCCCCCGGCCCAGUCAUCUCUGCUGCCCCCACCACCUCUUUCAUCCCCCCUGUUUAUUGCCCCAUUCUCACCUUUACCUCCCUUUCCACAGCUUUCAUGUGGCAGACUCCCCCCAUCCGACACUCAGCCCCCCUGCUCCAGUGUGUCCCUCUCGUCUCUCUAGGUGAGAAAUGAGUUGAGGAAAAUGAAGAUGAAGAUGGUUAUGGGUCCAGAUGGGAUCAGCUCCAGGCUCCUCAAGUCCUGUGCAGACCAGCUGUGCAGGAUUGUGGAAUAUAUCUUCAACCUGAGCCUGAAGCUGGGAAAAGUGCCACUGCUGUGGAAAACCUCCUGCAUGGUACCUGUACCAAAGAUCCCUCACACAAAAGACUUUAACAGCUACACACCAGUUGCUCUCACUUCACACCUGAUGCAGACCAUGGAGUAGCUGGUCCCCGUCCAUCCCUAUCCUCUGUUGGGUCCUUUUAUGGACCCACUCCAGUUUGCAUAUCAACCUGGCAUCGUAGUGGACGACACCAUCAUUUUCCUCCUGGACAGAUCACUGUCUCACCUGGAGAAGCCUGGAAGCACUGUGAGGAUCAUGCACUUUGAUUUCUCCAGACUACAUGUCAGACACAAUAAUCUGCAGUACGGGAGCCCCACAGGAAAUUGUACUGGCAAUAGUACUGGCAAUAUAAUGGCAAUAAUGGCAAUAUCCCAGAUUCCCUUAUAAAUCGUGUGAUUUUAAGAAUUGUUGCAUGACAACAAUUUAACAAUUUCUGAAAAAAAACAAUUUGUGAAAUGUCUACACGUAAUUCUGAAUCAUUGGUGCCUUCUUGUAAAUUCAGUAUUAAAUACAACACAUUAAACUGUCUCUUUACUUGUAAAGCAUUUCACAGCAUCAGUGUCUGUUUUUGAUGUUUAACUUGCAUCCCAUCUGCUUGAUUGGGCCAUUAAAUUGGACUACUGCCAUUGUCCCAGUAUACGAGCACUAGGGGAGAAUAGAUUUAUUGACAGUAUGUCCAUAAGUAUGCCUGACUGGUGGAACCACAGUAGCUGGUGAUAGCCAUUGUUUCCACUAGUUGCUACUGGACCCUCAACCAGUUGACUUAUUACAUCACAUACCAAACAAGUUAAGAAGUGGCAAACAUACUGCAUAGUGAAUGGUGAGACAACAUGAAUUGUGUCUUAUCAUUUGUACAAAAAUGUGCUGUUAUGGAUUUAUGUCAUGGACGACUUCCUGGUCAAUGCCCAGUGUGGGGACUGUGAUGGAUGCACAGCACGGCGAGUCCAUUUCAGGUCCGACUAAGCUAACCCCAGUUUCUGGGUCUGUUAGUCCGACUUUGAGAAAUUUGAUUUAGUAAAAUUUCAGUCAGAAUAUCAUGUUUACAUGGGCAGUUUAAGUUGGACUAACACAAUAGUCUGAUUUGUUCAAAUGUCAUGUAAACAUAGUGACUGAUUUCAACUAGGGUUUUUACCAAUUACACCAAAUUGAUUAAAGAAUAUAACAUACUGAGGGUUAACAUGUAAAAUCCUACAAAUUCAGUAAGAAGUAACUAUUAUUAGAUUCUUCUUUGGAGAAAAAACUAAGGGGAGAAAAUCACCAGAAAAAAGCUCCAUAAGACUCUUAUGGCUGUAUGAAUGUUGUGAAAUGCUGUCUACAACAAACAUAGUCACUUUACUGAUAAAAUACAUGCAUACAAAAGAACAAGCUGGCAGAAGAUAGGUCAAGGACAAGUGGCAGGCUGAGGUCAGCGUUAAGCAGUAGCUUUUAACUGUCACCAAGGCCACACAUUUAAAGCAUAUUUAUACAUCUGCUGAAGAAAAGAAAAAGAAAAAAAUACAUGACAAAAAAAACUGCAUUGAUGUCGUCCAAGCACAACAACCUUAGUAUCCUCAAGUGAAUUGACUUGCACCACUUGAGACUGUUAAUACGUUUUGUCACGCACCUUCUCAUAUUUGGGCAGAACAAAAUGAAUCAAGUAGGGCAAUUAAUGCUAUGUACUUUAUGAUGGUGCUACAGUCCCACCCAUUGGUAAAAUGGUGCCGAAUUUGUUAUGGUCACUCAGACAUCACACUCAAAAUCUUUCUUAUAUCCACAGGGAUGGUGACAUACCGACUUUGUCAUGGAAAAAACAUAUUUUUUCUCAUACACCUUACAAUGAAAAGCAAUGGCACCACAAGUGCCAGUCUAGAAUAUUCUUGUUUGAACUUAAAUUGCCUUCUGUCAAGAUGAUGGUCAGCAAAUUCUGAAAGGAAUCACAAAACAUUCUGCUGGUUUCGGGUGUCAAAACAUUCAGUGAUGUUUCACCCAACACUAACCAAAAACGAACUUUGCAUACAGUAAGUUUACAGAUACAAUGCAGUCAUAAUUUGACAGCAUUUGAACCAGCUAAAUGGCUUUUGUGUCAAUUCUGGGAGCAUUUGAAUGAAAACAUUUUUUCAGUGAUAUGCAGCAUAUUUGCUUAUUUGCAUAUUAUGAAAAAUGUAGAAUAAUAGACUUUUUAAUUGAAGUUAACUUUUAUCACACAACAGUGCCUGUGCUAAAAGAAAUUCAGCUCUGUAAGAUGUAGUACUGAUUGGUUUUGCCGGUGGAAUUUUUGUAGUAAUCCAUGCCCAUCUUAAAGCCCCUCCUUAAGGAUAGGGCAGUGCUUAGUGUGUCAGUUGUCGAACAAGAGAAGACGAGAUAGCUGUGUUUAGAGCAGACUUGUGUUAGCAGUAAGUAGAAGGAAAAAUUUAGCAGAGAAGUUUUUCUUUUAGUAGCCGUAAAUGUACAGUUCAGGUUACAGUUUGACCAUGAUUAAACUUUGCAGGUCGUGGAUUCACAAGAAGAACUUAUGUUUGAGUGACAGCUAACUAUUCCUGCAAAUAUCCAUUCAUAUCAGUUUUAUCGCUAAUCCAUGCUAAUGGUGUUGAUUUUGCUAGAACAGAAGUCUGGUUACGAUGGUAAUAACUAUUCAUUACUAUUAACCAUACCCAUAUUCUUUGUAUGAGAAAGAACUUUGAAGUUAGACAGGGAGAGAAACUGACUUGAGGUGGGCUUUAGUCAAUCAUUGCAAAAGUGUGAAUCAUCUGAGUCAUGAUUCUAGAUUGUGCAAACAGAAUUUUGUAGGAAGCCAUGCAUGCAUCUUCCACAAAAAAUAUAAUCGCUGAACACAGAAAUUGUAGAACAGUUCAGGUCACACUUCAGCUGUGUUUUGCGUAUUACUGUCUUUUUUUUAAGUAUUAUGAUUUUUUUUUAUUAUUAUUUUAUUCAGAAUAUGCAAAUGAAAC